CCUGUGUCCUUUUUCCCAAUUGUACAAACUCCGCGUGUUGCAUCUAGGUUGCUGUACACUUCCACUCUUCAACCCACACUUAUCGUCCUUCCUUGACCUCUGUUGUAGCUGGCGGCACUUUCUCAGUUUUGCCUCGCUUUUUGUAGUUGCCCCUUCCCCUCACACAUCAUCGCUUGGCUGCCUGAUCGCGACACCUGUCCCAUCCCAAAGCUACCUCACCUCUCUCACUUUCUUCUCCCUCCUACCAACAUCUCCACAACACAGCCAUCAAAAUGCGCGUGUCCGCCACUACUAUUCUCGCGCUCCCGCUACUUGCGACAGCGGCCGAGUCGCCCUUCGAACAGUACAAGGCCCAGUUCCAGAACUUCCUGAGCUCCUUCGGCGCUUCCGCCCCCAGUGCGGAAAAGCCUGCCGCCGCUGCGGCCCCCGACGCCGCCGCGCCUGCUUCGACGACUGCCGCCAAGAAGAUCUCCGUCUUGACCACCGAGAACUGGAAAGAUGUUCUCUACGAGCCCGUCAAGGCCGAGGCCACAGCUCCCGAGGAGUGGUGGGUUCUGAUCACUGGCGGCAACAAGACGUGCUUCGGUCACUGCGACAAGAUCGAGACCGCUUUCAACGAGAGUGCGUCCAAGUUCGCCAAGCUUCCCGAAUCCCCCCACCUGGGACUCGUCAACUGCGACGACCAGCCCGUCCUCUGCAACGGCCUGUCUGCAGGCACCGCGUCCAUCUGGUCCAUCGGCAUGUUGCCCGCUGGAUCCGAUAUCGACAUCUACAGGAAGCGUCUCAACGUUACCACCACCACCUCGGACGACAUCAUUGACCUGUGGAAGAACAAGUCCAAGGAAGACUGGAUCUUGACGGAGAACAUUUUCCACCCCUUCAAUAGCUUCGUCGGAAAGAACAACCUGACCCUCCCCGUUGGCUACUUCUUCUGGGCUUUCAACCUCAUCCCCAACUGGCUCUUCAUGCUCCUUGUCUCCUUCGGCAGCCGCACCAUCAUGAACCGUCGCAUGAACACCUCGCCCGCCGCCCCCGCUCCUGGUGCCGCUCCCGCUGGUAGUGUUGCGCGGUAAA